AUGGAUGAAAUAAUGGGUUCCAUGAAUUCUCUGGAUUUGGGAAAACGUGAUCCUAAUCCCCGCGAACGAAUCGUCAAUUUCAUGAUGGAAGCAAAAGAGCGGGGAUUGUCUCCAGAUGGCUCUGCUGACAAUCCAUUUGUCAAAAUUGUUGACCCAACCAAUCAGCGAUCUCAUUGGCCAUUCAAAGUCCACUUCUGUCCAAACGUGGAGCAGAAAAGUUUUCAAUACGACACUUGGAAUAUUGUUUUGACAACAGCAUACCCGGGUGAUGCUCCCCGUUGGAACGCUAGCAUGGUCAGCGAGGAACACUAUCCGACUUGUCAUUCUCACGCUUUGCUUUUGACGGGUCCAUCAUGUGGGCGUUUUCAUCGAUUCGACGAAAGCGGGUUCUCGGUGCAAGAUUGGAAGGAAUGUGCACAGGAGGGUGUUGGUUCAAAGCAGUUGCUCCACUCUUUUGAAAAAAUGACCGAUGAUAUGAACAAAGACCUAUCGCAGAAACGCGUGCACGUUUUGCUUGUGUUCCCUAAGGACAAAAAGUUGAACAACGCUGUUUUCUCUCACAGUGUACGAGAUGUGGAACUUGGAAUUGUUGACAUGGACUGUCCCUACGAAUAUGAUGGUGAAGAUAUUACCAUCAGAGCGACAGACUUGGUAUGGACAGUUGCAUGCAGUGAAGGUAUCAGGUCCCAAUUCGAUCCAGCGCAUAAUACUCCUACCAGGAAAAUGCGUGUGAGAAACAACAAGAAGAAAAAAUGA